AUGAAGGUACAUAUCUUCUUCAUCUUUGUUCUCCAUAUUUCCACAAAAUGUGAUUCGAAAAUUGAAUCGACAGAGCCGUUUAAGAUAUCUACUCGAAGAAACAUCUUGUCCCCAGAAAAAGUCUUUGUGUUUGGUUUCUUUAAACCGUCAACAACUUCCGGAGUAGCUAACCGCUGGUAUCUCGGCAUAUGGCACCACAGGUUUCCUCAGGAAGUCGUAUGGGUUGCGAAUAGAGACAACCCGAUCUCGAAGCCCGUCGGAACCAUCAAAAUCUUGGAUACGAACCUGGUACUCCUUGAUCAACACGGUACCCGCGUCUGGUGGACCAAUAGGACUAGCACAAAUCUCAUGAAACCACUAGUUGUCGGUGAGCUAUUGGACAGCGGAAAUCUCGUUUUAAGACACUUCAACAACAAUUCAUCAACUGGGUAUUUGUGGCAAAGUUUUGAUUUUCCUACAGAUGCUUUAGUUUCCAAUAUGAAACUAGGGUUUGAUGCCAAAUCGAAUAUAAAUAGGGUCUUGAAAUCUUGGAGAAGCUUUGAUGAUCCGUCAUCAGGAGAAGUCACCUAUGGAGUGGAACGUCAUGAGCUCGUGCAGAGUGUCAUUCGGAAGAAGGGUAUACCAACAUUCCGGAGUGGACCAUGGAAGAUUAAAAAUGAGAGUGGAAACUUUACCUACGUGACGUACAACAUUACCGCAACCAAAGAAGAGGCCACAUAUUUCUUCACAAUCACUAAAAAAACCUUCUUUUCCAUAUUGAGAUUGACCGACAACGGCGUGUUGAAGCGGUCAACUUGGGUGCCAAAACCACAACAAGUGUGGACACGCGUAGAUCAUACUUUACCGCAUGAUGCAUGCGGGUUUUACAAUAAAUGUGGACCAAAUGGUAUAUGUGACACAAGCAGAUCACGAAACUGUGAUUGCAUUCAUGGAUUUAAGCCGAGAGACCAAGAAGCAUGGGGUUUUCAAGACUGGACAGGUGGGUGUACGAGAAAGACUCAGUUUAAUUGCUUUGGAGAUGGGUUUGAGAAGCUUAGGGAAAUGAAGUUGCCGGAUAUUACAAAGUCUAUUGUGUUCAGGACUAUUGGGUUGAAGGAAUGCAAAGAAGAGUGCAUUAGGAAUUGCAAUUGUACUGCAUUUGCUAACCCGGAUAUGCAAAAUAGCUGUGUGAUUUGGGUGGGAGAAAUCCUCGAUCUUCGUAAGAGCAUGAUUCCCGGUCAAGAUCUAUAUGUUAGAUUGGCAGCCACUGAUAUCUCGGUAACAAAUGCAAACAAAAAUGCAAGAAGAAUGAGUGCAAAAAACAUAAUGUUGAUUGUUGGAAUCUGCAUUGUGUUUCUUCUGGGUGUCAAUUUCAUAUUGUUCUGUUUCUGGAAAAGAAGAAAGAAGAGGAUUCCAACAAGAACAAUUGCACCGCCUAUUGAUAAAAGGGUUUUAAAUGAUCAUAAUACACACACACAUAUAUAUAUAUAUAUAGGGAAUUUACAGUGUGUACCGAUGGAGCUAGUACAUGUUGCCAAGGCCACAGAAAACUUUUCUGAUUGCAACAAGAUAGGACAAGGUGGUUACGGUAUUGUUUACAAGGGGAUGUUACCUGACGGGCAAGCAAUCGCAGCUAAAAGGCUGUUGGUGAGAUCAGCUCAUGGGAUCGAAGGGUUCACCAACGAGGUGAAUUUGAUCGCCAGCGUUCAACAUGUCAACCUCGUCCCGCUACUUGGGUACUGCUUCGAGGGAGAGGAGAUGAUUCUACUCUUUGAACUAAUGGAGAAUUCAAGUCUCGAUACUUAUAUUUUCAACAAAACCAAAAGCUAUAAGAUUGAUUGGGAGAAGCGAUUGGAUAUUACUAAUGGUAUUGCUCGUGGACUUUUAUAUCUUCAUCAAGAUUCUCGGUAUCGUAUUCUCCACAGGGACCUGAAACCGAGCAACAUCUUGCUUGACAAAGAUAUGGUACCGAAAAUCUCCGAUUUUGGGAUGGGUAAGCUAUUUACAAGGGAUGAGACAGAAGCUACUAGUACAACGAAUAUGGUCGGAACUUUCGGAUAUAUGCCUCCCGAAUACGCGUUAGAUGGGAUAUGUUCUGUAAAAUCAGACGUUUUCAGUUUUGGAGUCUUGCUUCUUGAGUUAAUCUCUGGGAAAAGAAACAACGAAUACUUAUACUACAACGAGGAAAGCCUUCUCGUCUAUAUAUGGAAGCAGUGGUUGGAAGGAAAAGGGCUCGAUAUCGUAGAUCCUGUUAUCGUUGAUUCAUCAUCAACAUUUCGACCAAGUGAGGCUUUAAGAUGCAUCCAUAUUGGUCUCCUGUGUGUUCAAGAAUCUAAAGAUAAUAGACCGCUGAUGUCGUCUGUUGUUUUGAUGCUCACAAGCGAUAAAACAGAGAUGAAUCAACCUGAACGUCCUGGUUCUUUCGUCACUAGAAAUCGUUUUGUGAUUGGUUCCUCAUCAUCAAACCAGCCAAACAAAGAAACUUGCACGCCGUUCAGUAUAACCGACUGGACGCCCAUUGGUGCUCG